AUGAAGAAAGUGGUCAUCGUCUUCGGAGCGACAGGGCGGCAGGGCGGCUCCGUGGUGCGAGCCCUCCUCGAGGAGCCUGAGAAAUUCCACGUCCGUGCCGUGACUCGUAACCCAACAUCACCCAAAGCCCAAGCCCUCCAGGCCGCCGGCUGCGAGCUCGUCCAGGCAGAGCUAGCCCAGACAGAGAGUCUCAUACCAAUCCUCCAAGGAGCAGAUUGUUGCUUCCUCGUUACAGUCCCGCCUCAGCAGUUCGCAAAGGAUGCAGACAAAAUCGAGUACCAAUACGGGAUGAACUUUGCGAAUGCCUGCAUGGCGGUUGGACUCCACCACUUGGUGUUCACGACGUUACCACAUUGUGAGGAGGUUACUGGCUGCCCGGUGCCGUGGAGUGACAGCAAAGCGAAAGUGACGAACUAUUUUAAGGAGAAGAACUUGCCGCUGACGGCGGUGACACUAUCUGACUUUUAUGAAAACUAUGCUGGUGUUCUUAAACCGAGGAAGGUAAAAGACGGUGUGUAUACUAUAGAAAUACCGACUGGUGAGCAAGCCUACGGCAUGAUGCACAUAAGCUUCUUGGGUGAGGCCGUACGCCACAUAUUCAGUCAUAGAGAAGACUACCUUCGCCGAGAUAUCACUCUAGUAACGGACAGACAUACGGUGGGCGAGGUGGCUCAAAUUAUGAACAAACACCUCCAACCACUGGGACAGACCAUAGAAAACGCACAGUUCACACUUGACGAUUUACGAGAAAAGUACAAGACCCAUCUCGGCAUCGAGACAUUGGCCAACUGGUACAAGUUCAUCCUGGCGGGAGAGGCAUAUCCCGGGUAUGCCAAAUACAUGGACAUUGAAGAAAGCAGGAAGCUAAUGCCGUCAGCUAAAACAUUCGAUGAAUGGGUUGAAGAAAACAAGGAGGCAAUUUCUGCUGUUCUUGAUCCACCUGAUAAACCUAUGCGGUUAUAGAUGAUGAGAUACGCCAUUUUCAUCUGCUAUAAAAACAGGAAAUUUUUGCUUCUACUGAAUUGUUGUUGAGUGACUGUUAUAUUUUGUGAAAUAAUUCCAGUUUGCUAGAGACAUGGAAGAGCAGUUUCAACAGAGGGCGUUUUGACAUGCGUAAGACUUGGCAGGCAUUAUUGUUUUCAUAAAUCGCAGGCGGACCUGUCAGCGAAAUUAGUAUACAACUGUACAAAGCUUCCUCCUGUUGUAGAGUUGGGCUACUCGCACGGUAAAUAAUAAUAGCAAUCAAUUGGUAUCACUACAUUGUAUAUAAAACUGA